AUGGGCUGGUUUCCCGUUGACAAUGAUGUACUAGAGGAAAGAACGGACGCAUUUUUCGCCGAUGUUUUUGCAACUGCCCUGAUGCACCUGCGAGGGAUUAUGGCUCUCAAGUUGUCCUUCUAUGCGGUCUCUGGUACGUGA